GUCGUGGAAAAGCUUCACCACCAACACCCUCUUUACAAACAUUGUACAGACGGAGGGUUCCCGGCCGACAUCCGAAACAAAGGAAGCUGUGGUAAUGACUGUUCCCUGAUGUUUUACCUCUGAAUCAUGGCUAGCCAGCGUGCCCUUCCUCAGAGCAAGGAGGCCCUACUGAAAUCCUACAAUAAGAAACUCAAAGAUGACAUCAAGUCCAUGUUAGAUAAUUUUACAGAAAUCAUCAAGCUUGCAAGAGGGGAAGAGGAGUCUCAGGUUUCUAAGACAACACAGAUAGAGCAAGACCAGUAUGAAAUGCAAGUCCGUGGCUCCAACAUUGUGAGAGCAGGAGAAUCUCUGAUGAAACUAGUGUCCGACCUGAAGCAGUUUCUUAUUCUCAACGACUUUCCUUCUGUAAAUGACUCCAUUACAAAGAACAGUAAACUGUACAAAGAUCUACAGAGUGAAUGUGACACUAAACUGUUAACACUCCGUGAUGAUAUGGCUGUCGACUUGUUUGAGCUGGAGGAUGAAUAUUACUCAUCAAGUUACAAGUGACCUCAAAUGUCACAAACUUGUAUAUCUCAAAAUGUGUUUGUACGAACUUGUGAUGAGAAACUGAUUACUCUUUUUUUUCAAAUGGUGCCCAGAAUGAGAUACUGUGGCUAUGACUUCAUCAAAUGGUGCUGCUGCUCCUCCAGUCAUGUAUAUUUCUUCAAUUUAUCAUUAAGUAACAUCAGUUGCAACUACCUUGUACCUUGUAAUCGAGGAAAUUGUCAGUUGAGGAAGCUUUGUCUUCAUUGUCUGGAAUGAUCUACUUCAGGGUUUUUGGGAUCUCAUCAAACUGCACGUCGAAGUGUUAUUGUGGUUUUUAUUGGAUUGGAUACAAAAGACUGGACCAAUAUGCAAUUGUAUUUAUGUGCACACGCUUGACACAGUAUUUGCUGGUAUAGAAUGACUAUAUCCUUAUAUGGUAAAAAUAUAAAUAAAUUGUUUAAACUUGUGACAUGUAAGAACUUAUUUCAAAUGAGUAAUUAAUUAUUAUUUAGCUUGAAACAACUUGUAAGUUUAGUAACAAGCUAUUUAAAGAUUUGUAGAUAGAAUUUCAUAUGGUAUAACCAGUCUUAAGUUUAACAUUGUGAUGUUACUAUAACUGGCACAUGCAUAUAUGUCACCAUUGUCACCAAAACUAAGGAAUAAAAAAACCAGAAACCAAAUAGA